GAAAUUUAGAAGAGAAAGGGCAGAGCUGCUGUCAAGGGUUUGUCAUUAGGCACCAGAGUUAAUGUUGCAUUGAGAAACCGAGGCAGAACCCACACUCCUUUGAAAAUGGUUUUAAGACCUGGCACAAGAUAAAGGGGCAACAACUCCUCUGGUGCUUUUGUUUCACACUGGAACACAAACUGCUACAACAACUGCUUCCAGUAGCAAAAUGCCGCUGGCUCUGAAGUUCAGCAGCAUCUGCAACUAGUGCAGAACAUGACGUGGCUGUGAGGGAACUGGAGCUGAGGCCAGAGGCAGCCCAGGUGACCCAGAGCCCGGACUCUGUGGCAAGGCAGAGGAGACGGGGAGAACGGGAAGAGGAGGUGCUGCGGCUGGGAAGUGACCCCGAGCCUCCCCCGAGGCAACUCAGACGUCUCCUGCGGCUUCCCUGCUAUGCGCCCCGGGGACAGCGUUGCCGGGUGCCUCACCGCUUCCCCUUGACACUCCCGCGACAGCCAUCUCGUGGGGCGGGCUGCCAGCGGGCCGGUGUCGCGGGGCGGCGCGGGUGGGCCGUCCUGCCGGGCGCCGCUGGUCGUCUCCUCGUGCGGAACCUCACGCCGGCCGGCGGCCCCAGCGCCAUCUCCUCUCCGGCCGCAGUUCCGACCCGCCGCCGGCAGCGACUCCACCCGCCGCUGCGAAGGGCCGGUCCGGGCCGCUGCGGACGGCUCCUCCCGUUCAGCGAACGCUGCGGCCGAGGUGGCGCUGGGGCAGGCGGCGGCGAAGAGGCCUGCUGGCACUUGAGGGGGGCUGCCGGGCCGGGUGCUUCGGUCUCUACUCUGCUCUCCGAGGCGACGGCACGGGUGUACACUGAGGAAGAAAAAUAUGUCAUUAAAACCAUUUACAUAUCUGUUGCCUGAAACAAGGUUUCUUCAUGCAGGCAGACUUGUGUAUAAGUUUAAAAUCCGUUAUGGUAGCUUCAAAAGUGCUUCUGAACUAGAUAACACUGAAAGUGCUGUCAAGGAGUUAGAGGAAGCAAUUCGAGUAAUCCUUGGAAAUCUUGACGAUUUACAUCCAUUUUCUACAGACCACUUCACUGUUUUUCCCUAUUUGCAUAAGUGGGAGAGAGUAUCAAAAAUGAGAUUCAAACACAAAAAUGUACAUCUUUUGCCUUAUCCCUACAUUUGCACUAUGUAUCUAGAACUCAACUCAUUUCAGCAAAAUUUAUCUUUUGGUAAAGAAGUAAACAAUGACAGUUAUGAACUUGUCAAGAGAAGAAAUGAGAUGUCAGAAAGUACUGAAAUGGAAGAAACAGUGAAGAGGAGAAGACUUGAAGGUCAAGCAGAGACCUCAUACCCAAAGUCAUGUAUCAACAGACCUGGAGCUGAGAACGUUCACCAUAUAAUUAAAGCAAAGCAUGGAUUUGAAAUGAAUUAUUCCAAAGAAAUUCAGUGUGAGCAUAGUCCAGCAUCCUUUACCAUGGGCUGUAACCAAGAGAGUUUAUGGGAACCUGUGGAAUAUAGUGUGGAACAAAGUACAGAAACCAGUCAGGCUGAAGGUGAAAUGCAGCUACUGCAGCAGAUGGACCAAAUCAGGAACAACAGAAUUGUGCAGUCAAAAGGAAGAGGUCUCUCAAAGUUCUGGAGAAGCAUAUUCUUGUCUCCACUACAGCAUCUUUUUGGUGGAAAGAACUGAACUUGAAGUGUUAAUUGUUGUGGAAAGGUAAACUUCUACUGUGAAUGUCAGAUUGUACUGUUUCUUUUGUAAUUCAGCUUUUCACAUUGCUUGUCUCAGCUAUUAAAUGCUUUAAAUUAAAUUAUCCUUUGUUUACAUUUUAAAAGUAGUGUACUGAGGAUGUUGGGUUAGAAAUAGUAUGUCUUCACAUCCUAUAGUUUUUGGAAAAAGCUUUAAUAUUUUGAUCUUUAAGUGUGAUAAGUGUUUUUACAUUUUAAAAUCAUUAUAUGAUCUUCUAAUAAAACAAACAUCAU